UUCCAAUCUUCCACCGAGUCCUACAGACAAGUGCACUAGGAGCGCCCGAGCAGCCGCCUUAGCUCACCGGGGGGAACCGGGUAGAGUUAACCCCCGCUCGGAUAUCGAGUCGGAGUCCCGGUUCGGGUAGUCUCCGGGUAUCAGCAGCAGGUGCAUGUGGAUGGCGAUAACAAAAAAAAAAAAAAAAAAAGAAAAACGAAAAACUCCGGACAAACUUCGCUGUGUUCACUCGACUGAACCAUCAGCAAACAGAGGAGAGAUCGGAAAACCUCGGCUUUAAAUUAACUGUUUGGAGGAAAGAGGAAUGCUUUCCGCGACUCUCCCUUUCCGAGAAUUAGCAUGUUAAUCCCGGCCAACAGGCAGAGUCUGGUCCCAAGUCUCCUCCGCGCGAGCGGCCGAGCCAACCCGCCGCCGCGAGGGCAGUAGAACUUUUCUUUCUUUCUUUCUUUUUUUGGGAGGAAACGCUGAGGUGAGGUGGACAGAUAGAUUUCAGCAGAAGAGGCCAUGGAGAAGAAGAGCCAGAGCCUGUCGCCCAGAGACGGCCGAGCUAAAGAGAGAGUGGACAGGGUGGAUCCGUAUGGCUUCGAGCGCUCAGAGGAUUUUGACUACGACUCAUACGAGGAGCUCAUGUCUGAAUAUUUGGCCGUUCUCACCCGAAGAGCCAUCAAGUGGUCCAAACUGAUGAAGGGCAAAAGCAAAGUGCAGAAAAAUCUUAAAUUAAAGCGCUACGUCCGCAAAGGGAUUCCCAACGAGCACCGGGCUCUGAUCUGGAUGGCAGCCAGUGGCGCGCAGGACCAGCUAGAGAAGAACCCUGGAUACUACCGGUCCCUGUUAGGAGCCCAACACGACCCCAAACUGGUGGAGACCAUCUGCACAGACCUGAACAGAACAUUUCCAGACAAUAUCCAGUUCCGCAAGACGUCCAGCCCAUGUCUGCAGAAGGCUCUGCACAAUGUGCUCCUUGCUUACGGCCACCACAAUCCCUCUGUGGGCUACUGCCAGGGUAUGAACUUCAUCGCCGGGUAUCUACUAAUCAUCACAAAAGAUGAAGAGAAAUCCUUCUGGCUGAUGGACGCCCUCCUUGGUAGAAUUUUACCAGAUUACUACAGUCCAGCCAUGCUGGGGCUGAAGACGGACCAGGAGGUCUUGGGGGAGCUGGUGAAAGUUAAAAUCCCCGCAGUCUGGCAGGCCAUGGUGGAACACAACGUCACGUGGACCCUGGUGGCCUCCAGAUGGUUCAUCUGUCUCUACAUAGACGUCUUGCCAGUGGAGACGGUCCUUCGGAUUUGGGAUUGCCUUUUCUACGAGGGCUCCAAGAUCCUGUUCCGCGUCGCUCUCACACUGAUCCACCACAACCAGGCUCUGAUUCGACAGGCCCGAUCCCUGCCAGACGUCUGCCAAGCAUUCAAACAGAUCACUCACGGACCAUUUGUUGACGAGUGUCACACUUUCAUGCAGAAAAUCUUCACUGAACCAGGAAGUCUCUCCAGGGCGACCUUAACGAAGCAGCGGGCGACGUGUCGAUCUAGAAUCAUCGCGGAGGAAUCCUGACCUUCACUACCUGUUGACCUCACUCCGUACACAUUCCAGUGGGAGGAGCCGCCAGCGGCCGCGUGCACCUUUAAAUGACUGUGGCACCGCGACGACUGCACCUGUAAACUUUUCGUCUUUAACCUAGUAAGACUGUAAAUAUGUAACCAAAUACUUGGCAAUGCGCCAUACGAGCUUAUGAUUCCACUGGAAGGUAACAUUUCGUUUAGGUUGCGAGUUUGAAAUAAUGCACUUUAGUUCUGAGUUUCAUACAAAACGAGGCUUAGCAGCAUGAGUGGUCUCUUACAUUGUGUUGCAAAGCCAGGAAGAACCUGUCUCCUAAACAUUCUACUUUCCAUCAUGGACAAUAUGGCGUUUGAUUUGUUCUUUCCUGUAAAUGGAAAAUUGAAUGUUGGCCCAACAUGCUGCGGUUAUCAAAUGUGCAUUUUGCAGAUUUCAGGGUUUGGGGAAAAAAAAAAAAAAAAAGAAUCUGAAAAGACUUCAGGUGCACAACAAAAAGGGCUGCUCUUUUUCUACUGUUUCAUAUGUACAACACUCGGGUCUGUGGCAGCCGACAUCCUACGGAUAUCAGAUUGUUGCAGUGGAUAAAAAUAUCUUUGGCGAUGGUCCCAGCUUUCAGUACUGUAAUACGCUGUGAUGGACACUGGAGUGAAAUAAAUGAGGCUUGGUCUUUCCAAGCCAAAAUGAAAUACUCCACACACCGCUGGAAUUUCAAGAUCUUUAUUAACUUGCUGUAAGAUGCAUAAUAGAAAACGAGAUCAAUCCAUUUCCUAUAAAAAUAAAGGAUCAAAUCACUUUCAUUCAUAUUAACAGGUUUUGGGGGAACUUGUGGCGAAAAGCAAGAAUGGAAAUUCACUUGUCCAGCAAAAUAAACUCUGCACCACUACA